GUGGAGUCAACGAGUAUAAAACUCCACUCUCCGAAAUGAGAACCAUCAGUGUAUUGCUUCUCAGCCACAGAUCGCCACCAUGAGUUGGAAAACCUUUGCGUUGAGUCUUAUCCUCGGAGCUGUGGCAGUCAGCGCCGGCUAUGUCCCCCAAGUGGGGUAUGGGCAUCAUGGCGGUGAUGGAGGGUACGGCGGCUCGGCUGCCAUCUACGCCGGCGUCCACAAUGCCUACAGCGGAUACGGCGGCGGUGGUGGCAUCGGAUACGGCAGCGGUGGGACCCAUUACAUUGGGCCAAGCUAUUUCGUGGCGCCCUCUGGUCACUACGCCGGUGGUUACUUCGGAGGAAGCCUCUCCUACGGCUACGGAAUAGGACACGGCGGAGGAUACGGGGGAGGAGCUGGAGGAUACGGAGGGGGAGGACAUGGAGGUGGUGGAGGAGGAGGAGGACAUGGAGGUGGUGGAGGAGGAUAUGGACACUAAAACUGGUCCCACACGAGUCCGCUGCAGAAGAAGUAGAAGAAAAAGACAUGUUAAUCAAUCCCUCAAAGACCGCCGUUUACUAUUCCACUGAACAAUAUCUCAAAACUUAUCGCAAUUACUCUUUAGAGAUCUUCAUGUGAUGCCUCACACGAACUCCAAUUGUCAUCGUAAAGACAUAAUAAAGAUAUAUAGGAAAUCACAAACAAUGCGAUGUCAUUAUUAAUAGCUUAUUCUAUAAACAGAACAUUCACAUCUUUUUUUGCCAAGAUUCUGUUCAAUCCACAAAAGUGACUUGCGGAAAAUGUUCCAAGAUUUAGUACGGAAUAUUUUCCAGUGCAUCACACGUAAACAUUUUCCUUUACACCAGACAUUUCCCUAGAUACGCAAAUGCUUAAUGAUAAAAUUACAAACAGUAUAUAUCUGUAACUUUGUAAGUUACAGGUUGUAGGCAGCAGCAACUUCCUCUGCAUUCUGUGAAAUAAAAAUUGACGCAGUGUACUGAUGUAUGACAAUUCUGAAUUAAAUAUAAGAGCCCGA